GCGGGGCCUGGCCGCCGAGAGAGGGAAUUAGUACGAGCAGGGUGAGUACGGGCCAUCGCCGCCGCCGCUGCCGCCGCAGUCACCGCCACCCCCGUCUCGGUGCCCGUCUUCGCCGUCCUGGAGCCCUCAGCAGGUGUUUACUGAGGGUGUUAUGUGCAGACACCGUGCCUGACGCUGGGGAUGCAAAGCUCCAUCGGGGCCAUGUCGGAGCGAGAAGAGCGGCGGUUCGUGGAGAUCCCUCGGGAGUCCGUCCGGCUCAUGGCGGAGAGCACGGGCCUGGAGUUGAGCGAUGAGGUGGCGGCCCUGCUCGCAGAGGACGUGUGCUACCGACUCAGAGAGGCCACCCAGAAUAGCUCUCAGUUCAUGAAACACACCAAACGGCGGAAGCUGACCGUCGAGGAUUUCAACAGGGCGCUCCGAUGGAGCAGUGUGGAGGCCGUGUGCGGUUAUGGGUCUCAGGAGGUGCUGCCCCUGCGCCCCACCAGGGAGGGUGAGCUCUACUUCCCCGAGGACCGAGAGGUGAACCUGGUGGAGCUGGCCCUGGCCACCAACAUCCCCAAAGGCUGUGCUGAGACGGCCGUGAGAGUUCAUGUCUCCUACCUGGACGGCAAAGGGAACCUGGCCCCUCAAGGAUCAGUGCCCAGUGCUGUGUCUUCACUGACCGAUGACCUUCUCAAGUACUACCAGCAAGUGACUCGGGCUGUGCUGGGGGAUGAUCCACAGCUGAUGAGAAUUGCUCUCCAGGACCUGCAGACCAACUCCAAGAUUGCAGCGCUCCUGCCAUACUUUGUUUACGUGGUCAGCGGGGUGAAGUCUGUAAGCCAUGACCUGGAGCAGCUGCACCGGCUCUUGCAGGUGGCACGGAGCCUGGUUCGGAACCCACACCUCUGCCUGGGGCCCUAUGUCCGCUCCCUGGUGGGCAGUGUCCUCUACUGUGUCCUGGAGCCACUGGCUGCCUCCAUCAACCCGCUGAAUGACCACUGGACACUGCGGGAUGGCGCCGCCCUCCUGCUGAGCCACAUCUUCUGGACUCAUGGGGACCUUGUAAAUGGCCUCUGUCAGCAGAUCCUGCUCUCCCUGCAGAAAGUCUUGGCAGAUCCUGUGAGGCCUCUCUGCUCCCACUACGGGGCUGUGGUGGGGCUGCAUGCUCUUGGCUGGAAGGCAGUAGAGAGAGUCCUGUACCCACACCUGUCCACUUACUGGACAAAUCUGCAGGCUGUGCUCGACGAUUAUUCAGUAUCGAAUGCCCAGGUUAAAGCAGAUGGACACAAAGUCUAUGGAGCCAUUUUGGUGGCCGUAGAGCGACUGCUGAAGAUGAAGGCCCAGGCAGCAGAGCCCAACAAGGGUGGGCCAGGCAGCAGGGGGUGCCGGCGCUCUGACGACCUGCCCUGGGACAGCCUUCUCCUUCAGGAGUCUCCCUCCGGGGGCAGCGCAGAGCCAGGCUUUGGGUCUGGUCUCCCAGUGGCUCCUGGAGGCGCGGGGCCAGAGGAUCCUUCCCCUUCAGUGACCCUGGCGUACAUCUACCGGGAGCUUUACGCCUUCUUCGGUGACAGCUUGGCCAUCCGCUUUGGUACGGGUCAGCCCGCGCCCACGGCCCCGCGGCCGCCCGGGGACAAGAAGGAGCCGGCGGCCGCCCCGGACUCGGUGCGGAAGAUGCCGCAGCUGACAGCCAACGCCAUGGUCAGCCCGCAGGGCGACGAGAGCCCCCGGGGCGGCGGUCCUCCGUCGGCCUCUGCGCCCGCCGCCUCUGAGAGCAGGCCGCUGCCCCGCGUGCACCGGGCGCGGGGAGCACCCCGGCAGCAGGGCCCCGGCACCGGCACCCGCGACGUCUUCCAGAAGAGCCGUUUCGCCCCGCGCGGUGCCCCUUACUUCCGUUUCAUCAUCGCUGGGCGGCAAGCAGGGAGGCGAUGCCGCGGGCGCCUCUUCCAGACUGCCUUCCCCGCGCCGUAUGGGCCCAGCCCGGCCUCCCGUUACGUGCAGAAGCUGCCCAUGAUCGGCCGCACCGGCCGCCCGGCCCGCCGUUGGGCACUCUCGGAUUACUCGCUGUACCUGCCGCUUUGAGGCGGCUCGCUCCUUUUGUCUCUGUAAAUAAAUCCCGCGCCCGGAAGUGACGUCCCCGCGCUCGUGGCUCGCGCCGGAUGAGGCGGGGCUUGGGCAGUUGGCUCCUCCGGCGGCGCUUCCUGGUGUGGGGGAAGUCAUGGCGCUGGCCUGGUUGCAGCGCGUCGAACUCGCGUUCUUCGCUACCGCCUUCUUAUGCGGAGCCGUGGCGGCCGCGGCGCUGACCCGGACCCAGGUCGUUCUUGGAAAUCAUUACCUCGCAAAAGGAACGAGUCCUUGGGAGUGUCUAACAGCAGAUACAGCCCGGCCGAGUGAUUCCUGCUGCAUAACCUCACCCUGGCUGUAAAACAAGUUGGACCAGGUCCCUUUAAAUAAGACACCAUUGUGCUGAGCCUCUCAAAGAAAGCAUAAGUAAAGUAAGGUCGCUCAGUCGUGUCCGACUCUGCGACCCCAUGAACUGUA